GGUAAUGCAUAGGCACGGCAUUGUCUUCGGCCAGCAGCGCGACCUGCUGUGAAUGCUGCUCACUCUCUCUGUCCUCAGCUUCUUCUCCUUCCACACCCUACAAUUCGAUACCCUUCCCCCCAGUGACCCGAUGACCUGCGAGAGAUAUAAUUGACCUACAUCCCCUUAUUGCGUCGCUCCCGCCAACUCCUCAGCACUGUCGUCGACGACGCUUCGCCCAAGAUGUCAACAACGCCUGCUCCGCCCGAGGACCAGGCGAGACUGCUUGAGGAUGCUCUCGUAGCCGUGCGCCAGCAGACCACCCUCAUGCGCAAGUGUCUUGACACACCUGGGAAGCUCAUGGACGCCCUGAAGUGCUGCUCAACCCUAGUCGCGGAGCUGCGGACGAGUAGCCUGGGGCCGAAGCAGUAUUACGAGUUAUACAUGGCCGUCUUCGAUGCUCUGCGCUACCUGUCUAUGCAUCUCCGGGAGAACCACCCGCACAACCACCUCGCCGACCUCUACGAGCUCGUCCAGUAUGCCGGCAACAUAAUUCCGCGCCUGUAUCUCAUGAUAACCGUUGGCACCGCCUACAUGUCUAUACCCGAAGCGCCCGUGAAGGAGUUGAUGAAGGAUAUGAUGGACAUGAGUCGUGGCGUCCAACAUCCCAUCCGAGGCCUCUUCUUGCGCUACUACCUGACUGGCCAAGCUAGAGACCACCUACCUACCGGCGACGGCGACGGCCCCGAAGGAAACCUGCAAGACUCGAUAAACUUCAUCUUAACUAAUUUUGUCGAGAUGAACAAGCUCUGGGUGCGAUUGCAGCACCAGGGUCAUUCGCGGGAGCGCGAGCAGAGAUCCAGGGAACGCAAAGAGCUACAGCUCCUAGUGGGCAGCAACAUUGUACGAUUGAGUCAAUUGGUAGACCUGGAGGCCUACAGCAACGGCAUCCUAGGCCCGCUCCUCGAGCAGGUGGUACAAUGCCGGGACGUGUUAGCCCAGGAGUAUUUGCUGGAGAUCAUCACCCAAGUCUUUCCGGACGAGUUUCAUCUGCAUACCCUGGAUCCGUUUUUGGCUGCUGUGUCGCGGUUGAAUCCCCACGUUGACGUGAAGGCCAUUGUCAUUGGGUUGAUGGACCGGUUAUCUGCCUAUGCCGAACGAGAAUCUCAAGAGGAGGCUGCUGAAGACAGGGCGCAAUUAGAGGAGGAUGCGUUGGCAAGCCUACUGGAGAAGAUCCGGCUGGCCAAGGAGCAACAAGAAUCCAAAUCGACGACUGCCGAUGGGACUGCCGAUGGGAAUACUGAUGCGAACGGAGGCCAUCCUCAAAGCGAAUCUACCGAGUAUGCCGAGGCUAGGCGCGCAGCGGAAUCUGAGACGACGACGUUGCUCGAGGACGCCGAGGCUGCUCCAACUGACCAGGAGUUGGACGGAUCCUCUCAACGGAGCAAGAAACAGCGUGGAAUUCCCCCCAAUGUAAAACUCUACGAGGUUUUCUUCGAGCAGGUCAAUAACCUCGUCAACGCUCAACGCCUUCCUAUCCAGGAUACAAUCGCGUUGCUGGUCUCGCUCACCAACUUGGCGCUCAACAUAUAUCCGAGUCGCCUCGACUAUGUCGACCAGAUCCUCGACUACGCAAACCGCAAGGUCAAGGAGCAUGCCAACAGUGCCGACCUUCACUCAGUCCCGGCGCAGCAGAGCUUGCUCGCGCUGCUCCAGGCUCCCCUCAAGAGAUACGCUUCCAUAUUCACGGCCCUGUCCCUUCCGACAUACGUGCCUCUCUUCCAGUCUCAAACCUACCCGACAAGAAGGGCGGUGGCCGGCGAAGUUGCCAAGACGCUACUGCUCAACCGAACCGUGAUAGCGACUCCCGCUCAGCUUGAGAAUGUGCUCGAGGUCCUCAAAGUGCUGAUCAAGGAGGGCUCGCAACCGCCAGCCGGCUAUCCCGGCGGCCCGCAGCGACGGGCGUUGGAGACGGACGAAACGAUGGAAGAGCAGGGCUGGCUCGCGCGGAUCGUCCAUCUCCUGAACGGCCAAGACAACGACACGCAAUUCCGCCUACUCCAGAUGGCGCGCAGCGCGUUUGCGGAAGGGAACGAGAGGAUCCGUACCACCACGCCCUCCAUCAUUACCGCCGGCAUGAAGCUUGCGCGUCGGUUCAAGGCCCGCGAGGACUAUGAUGAGACGUGGGAAACGCAGCUGAGCGCCCUCUACAAGUUCCUGCACUCUUCGAUCUCGAGCAUCUACACGAGGGUGAAUGGCUCGGGUGCGGCCGAACUAUCGCUGCGACUCUUCAGCGACUGCGGCCAGAGUGCCGAUAUGACGGGAUUCGAAGAAGUGGCCUACGAGUUCUUCGCUCAGGCCUUCACCGUAUACGAGGAAGCGAUAUCGGACUCGAAGGCGCAGUUUCAAGCGGUAUGCAUUAUCGCGAACGCGCUGCACCAAACGAGGAAUUUCAGCAAGGAGAACUACGACACCUUGAUCACCAAGUGUGCCCUGCACGGCAGCAAACUCCUGCGGAAGCCGGAUCAAUGCCGGGCGGUGUAUCUAGCAAGCCACCUGUGGUGGGCGACACCGAUUGCCGCCACCGAGGAGUCGGACGAAGGUGUACGUUUUUUUUUUUUCGGUUGAUUAUUUCACUUCUAUAUCUGUGGGUGUUGGUGCAUGUGAGAUGCGAAGCU